GGGCCACCCAUAACACCAUGCCCCAACCUGAAGGUCCUGCCACCACAGCGACUUUUGCUCCUGUCACAAAGCAACGAGGCUACCGCCAUGACACCGACAGCUCGGUUCCAAAACCAUACGUUGCUCGUGCUGCAUUAGCACCAACCAUAGAUCAUCCAGAUGGGUCUCCUAAUUAUUCAAAAAAAUAUAGUGAAUACUCUGUUAUGCAACAGCAUGUCACGUUCUGGGACAAGGACAAAGAUGGUGUAAUUUGGCCAAUUGAUACCUUCUUUGGUUUCCGUGAACUUGGCUUCAAUCUUCUGUUCAGUAUUCUCGCGGUCAUCGUCGUUCAUUUCGGCUUGUCCCUUCCCACCCAUCUCGCGGUGUCUUAUCUCCCUGACCCCUUCUUCCGUAUCUACGUCAAGCCUAUCCACAAAGACAAACACGGUUCAGACUCGGGUGCUUUCGACACAGAAGGGAGGUUCAUCCCGUCUCGCUUCGAGGAUGCAUUUUCCAAGUAUGCGGCCCCGUCGAAAGAUUCGCCCACAUUCCCAUCCGACUCACUUUCCCUCCGCGAAGUCUUCAAGUUGAUGAGGGGUCAGCGCUGCGCCAUGGACCCAUUUGGAUGGACUGCUUCGACACUUGAGUGGGGGACUUCUUGGCUGUUGCUGCAGAAGAAUGGCAGGAUCGAUAAGGAGGAUAUGAGGAAGGUGUUUGACGGAUCGAUAUUUUUCGAGAUUAGCGAUGCGCGCAAGAAGGGAGGUUGGAAUAAAGGGUGGGGAAUUGGAGGCGAUGGAUUCUUAGGUAGCGAGAAAGUUCUGCCUUUUAGUUUAUAAACCUUGACUUUGAUUUCUUGUGACAAGAACAUUUGUAAAAAUAUGUUUUGAUCCCAGAUGCCUCGCUUGUGACAAUUAUUGAAUAUGCUGUUGCAUGAUAGUGGUUUUACUC